UAAAAAACUGUUAGGCAUUCGGUCUCCUACCCUAUAAGUCCAAUAUAACCCAAAAAUAAAGCUUACUUUCAAAUGAUCAUUUUUUUUUUGGAAAGCACUUUCAAAAAUCAACUUCCUUAAUUGUAGUUUUGUGUGUGUGAGUGUGUGUUUUUUUUAAUAAUCAUUUUCUAUAAUCAAGUUGAAGAAUUAAAAAAUGGAGGUAAUUAGUGCAAAUACUAAUGGCAAUAACAAGCGAUGGUCACUCCAAGGAAAGACCGCUCUUGUCACGGGUGGUACUAGAGGCAUCGGGCAUGCUAUUGUAGAGGAGCUUGUAGGACUAGGAGCAAUUGUACAUACAUGUGCUAGGAAUGAAGCUGAUCUUGAUGCUUGCUUGUUAGCUUGGAAGGCAAAGGGUUUUCCGGUAACCGGCUCAGUUUGUGAUGUUUCUUCUCGACCCGAAAGAGUGAAGCUAAUGGAGACUGUAAACUCCAAUUUUAAUGGAAAAUUGGACAUUCUCGUGAAUAAUGCUGGUGGUUGUAAGAGAAUUGAAACUGUGGAUACAACGCCAGAGUAUUACACGAAUACAAUGGCAACGAAUUUCGAGUCAGCUUACCAUUUAUCUCAACUUGCAUAUCCACACUUUAAGGCCUCAGGACAAGGCAACAUUGUGUUCAUUUCGUCAAUGGCUAGUACCAUGGCAUUUGAUAUUGGAUCUGUUUAUGGGGCAGCAAAAGGAGCAAUUAACCAACUAGCAAAGAAUUUGGCAUGUGAAUGGGCAAAAGACAAUAUCAGGGUUAAUUCUGUUGCACCUGGAGUGAUUUGGUCUGCUUUGACUGAGGAACUUAGAAACCAUAAGGAGUAUUUGAAGGCAGUCAAGUCUCGAAUUGCUCUAGGACGUGUGGGUGAACCAGAGGAAAUUUCACCAGUAGUCGCGUUUCUUUGUCUGCCUGCAGCCUCUUAUAUAACUGGACAAACUAUAACGGCUGAUGGUGGUUUUACUGUUAAUGCCUUCAUACCAAUUCCGCUGACAGAAAAUUAAAAAGUUAGAAUUUCUGUUUUUAUGGUUGGAAGGUUGUUUCCUUUGUCCUCGAGAACUAAUUUGCCACAGCAGCAAUGUUACUGUGAAUAGACGAAAUUCUAUGCUUGAGUUGAACUUUUCACUGUAAUAAUGUACUUGUAGUCUGAUAAUUGUCAUAAGCAUUUGUAUCUAUUUGUAAUAAUUAUACUACAUCUUGAAAUACUUGAUCAAAUACAAUUGUACUUAA